AGGUAUAAUUUCCAGUCAACUUCAGGUAAAGAAUUAUCUUGGAGUUAUGGAUAUCCCGACCUCCACAACAUUGAACAAGAUACAUUACAGGUGCACCAUGCAGGGCUGAAAAAGGAAUUAUAUUACAACAUAAUAAAAAAGGAGGCAAUGACCAAAGAAGUGAUCCAUGAAAAUAACUUGCAUCCCAGGAACAUUGUCAAUGUCACCAUAGACGGCACAACUUGUGUUCUUUUUGGAUUUAAGAGAAUGAUAAUCAGAUUCAAGAAUCAGACUCAGCUGGAUUUGACAAGUACGAACUUAAGCUUGUAUGAUUCUGUGAACAUGGAGGAGUCAAACUGUAAUGAAGAAAAUACCACACUUUCAUUGACAUUUCGUAAGGCUACACGUGUGAAAGGACUUACAUUAAGGCUUUUAUUGGUGAAAAGCUACUACAAACUUUCAGUCCAAAAUUGGUAUCAAUUGCAAUGCAUUCAGAUCCUCUUCAACCAUAGUGUGCAAGCAACGUUCAACAGUACCAAAAUAUUUGCUCCAAAUCAGCUAUUCUUACCACUGUCAGCAUGUGAGCAGCCUACAGAAAUAUGAUUCUCUGUUAUUUCCCAGCUCAGACAACAGCUCGGCACUCUGGGAUGUCACCUUCCUGGAUUUUCAGAUACAAGGAUUUAACAUUGAAGAAGGAGUGUUUUCCUAUGCCAAAGACUGUACAACUUACUUUUCUCCAGCUAUUCUUAUGGGACUAGUCAUGUCACUUAUCCUCCUACUAGUCCUCGCCUAUGCUCUCCACAUGCUGAUCCAUCUAAAAUCUAUGGACAGACCUUACCAGAGGAAAUGUUCUGCCACCUAUUUCCCUAAAACAAAAGACAAUUAUCUGGAAGAUGAGAGGGAGCCCCUCAGAGGCUGUGGACAAGAGUUCUAUGAACUAAGACAGCCAGAGUACUGUAGACUAAGCAUUCAGCAGUGUGCAUCUGUUUCUCAUUAG